GCGUUGCACCCGCAUGCCGCUCAGAGCGCAGCGUAUGAUUAAACGGCUCUGAUAAAAUAGCUUUUAUAAAAUGACGGAUUAGAGAACUGCAGUUCUGUGGGUGAUUUUAGCGGCUUCUAGCGAAGAGCUAAUCGGAAUACUGAGAUGUUUGCAAAAGCGUUUCGUGUGAAAUCUAACACCGUUAUCAAAGGAUCUGACAGGAGGAAGCUGAGAGCGGACAUCUCUGCCACUUUCCCUUCUCUCCCAGCUGAGGAACUAAAUGAGCUGAUCCCAAAUAAAGAAGAGCUGAACAUUGUGAAGAUUUACGCACACAAGGGAGAUGCGGUCACUCUGUACGUUCUCCAUAAAAAUCCCAUAUUCUUUCAGCUGGACAAGCAGCUGUUUCCAACAGUGUACACACUGUGGCGGUAUCCCACCAUGUUGCCGGCACUGGUCACGUGGCCUCCGGUCCUGCAGAAGUUAGCUGGUGGAGCAGACCUCAUGUUGCCUGGUGUGGUGGUGGCUGCUGAGGGUCUUCCUGAGGUAGAUCAAGGAGACUGCUGCGCCGUCACGCUUGUGGCGAGCAGGGCCCCAGUGUCUGUUGGCACAGCAGCUGUGUCGAGCGCUGAGAUGAGGAACAGCGGCAUGAAGGGGAAAGGAGUGAAUAUUUUACACACAUACAUGGACCAGCUGUGGGCGUUUGGUGACAAGUCACAUCCUCCUGUCAUACCGGUCACAAACUCUCCAUCGGAGGCGGAGGGGGAACCGGGGGGAGAGGAGUGCGAGGAUGAAGAGCAGGAGGUGGAGGACGGCUCCCAUCCGGCUCCAGUGGAAACAUCUCGUCAGAGCAUGCAGGAGCUGAGGCUGGAUGAAGACGAGCUGUUGGACGAGGAGGAACCGCUUGAGGAUAAAGAGGGAGAAAACACAGAUGGAGAAGACGGAGACCCUAGAUCCCCACAGGAGCAGAUGAACGAGUUACUGCUGCAGUGUUUCCUUCACGCGCUUAAGAGUAAAGUCAAAAAGUCAGAGCUGCCACUUCUGACCAGCACCUUCCAGCGCAACCACAUGAUGUCCUGCUGUCCGAAAGGAAAGUACUUGGAUAUCAAGAAGUCCCGUUACAAAAAGCUUUCUAAGUUCCUGCAGUGCAUGCAGAAAGAUCACAGUCUGAUUCAGGUGAAGGAGCUGAGUAAAGGUGUGGAGAGCAUUGUGGAAGUUGACUGGAGAAACCCUGAGUUAUGUUCUUUCAGGAUACCGGCGGACUUUGAGCCGGAGAAAGAGUCCGAGGAGGAGGGUGGAUCUUCUGAGGUGCCGUACCAGCCCCCUGAAAUCACACCACUGUAUGGGGUCACCGCACGCCUGGAGCCUCUCUUUCAGGACGCCCAGAAAAAGAAGGGGACUCCUCUAAAGGCCAACGAAGUGAGGAAUAUCAUCACAGAAUAUGUGAAGAAAAACGAACUUGUCCAUGAAACCAAUAAAAAUUAUGUCAACAUUAACCCUACACUUUGCGACUGUUUGCUGGAGAAGUCUGAAUACCAGGAAGUAGAGAAGCUGAAAUGGGACGACCUCUUUAGCAGGACUCUCAGCAGAAUGCAGGCCUGCCAUGAGCUGCUGUUUCCAGGUCAGCCUCCCGUGGUUAAGAAAGGACAGAUGGAGCCUAUAGACAUUACGGUUGCCUCCAGGGGCUCCAAUAAGAAGGUUACAAUGAUUAAGAAUCUGGAGGCGUUUGGGUUGGAUCCAGCUGUGGUAGCAGACACUCUGCAGCAUCAGGUUCAGGCCAGCUGUGUCCUCCAGGAUUCCCCAGGAGCCAAAAACAGAGUCCUGGUUCAGAUCCAGGGAAACCAGGUUCAACAAGUUGGCAAACUGCUGCUAGAUCGGUAUCAGAUUCCACGGAAAUAUGUGCAAGGUCUGGACAAAGCGUCCAAACCAGGCAAGAAGAAAUAGCAGAUGACACCUUAAAACAGGAGCCAUAUGUUGCUGUAAUGUGUUUCAAAUAAUGUCUGGCCCAACCAUAACAUCAUUUGUGCAAUAAAAUAAGUCUGAUUUCAUUCUGAA